AUGCUCUCGUUUUGCCCACAUUGUCACAAUAUGCUUCUAGUUUCACAACCAGACGGCGGGGUUUACACCUUACAAUGCGGUGCGUGUCCUUAUACUUUCCCAAUUGAAGGUGUUGAGGUAUAUGAUCGGAAAACGCUGCCGAGAAAAGAAGUCGACGACGUGCUAGGUGGUGGCUGGGAUAAUGUAGAUCAGACUGGGGUCCAGUGUCCGAACUACGACAAUUGCGGUGGAGAAAGAGCCUACUUUUUCCAAUUGCAGAUCAGAUCGGCAGACGAGCCGAUGACUACUUUCUACAAAUGUGUGAAUUGUGGUAAUCGUUGGAGAGAAAAUUGA